AUGCGUUCGGGACACUUUUUAACUUUUGAAAAGGCCCGCUCAAACAAAGAUUCCGUUCCGCUCCGGCGUCUGGCGCUCAACCUCAAGGCGAUCGUCGCCAAGCAGCGAGAGGACUGGAAGGCCGCCGAAUCAAAUGUUAAAGCCGCCAGCGAGAGCUCCGACGCCGACUUUGUCUCGGUCGAAGAUCGCGAGACCGCCUGCAGAUGGAUUUCCGAUGUCGCGGAGUCGCUUAAAAUGUCUCCAGACACGGUAGCGCUCUGCUUCGGCGUCUUCGACCGAGUCCUCAACGUUCUAAAAGUUCGGACCCGACUGGUUCGGGUCCUCGCCGCCGCUUGCCUCAGUCUAACUGCUAAAUACACAGAAGAUGAAGCCAGAGAAUCAUUCGCUCGCUCCCUCUGCACGGCAGCCGGAUUUACCUUUUCGCGCAAAGAUCUUCUCCGAAUGGAACUGCUCGUCUGUUCAAAACUGGACUGGCAAAUCAACCAGUCGACUUCGAUUGAUUUCUUGUACGCCUUCAUGGAUAUUGUCGGAAAUGGACCUGAUUUCCCUAGUCAACAAAAACGAAUCACGAUCGCGGAAUUUUUAGUGUCACGCCUUGAAGACUGGAAACUCGCAAAGUUGCCAAACAUGGAAGUCGCCCUCGGAUGCUUGAUGGUCACAUUUGGCGGCCGUGGAAUGUUCCGUCUUCGUCGCUUACUCGCGCUGCACGGCUACUCGACCGACACACAGACCAUCCAGCAGGCGCAAAGUCUUCUGAAGCCCUACGCCAAGAUGGAGCUCAAGCUCAUUUCGAGACUCAUCCAGCGCGGGGAGGAAGACGAAACCGAAGCAGACAUCUUCUCCAGCGUCAAGAAACUCUUGAAUCAUGGUCAACUCGAGCCGAUUCCUUUCGGACAAAUGACCUUCGCGGAAAUCGUUCGUUGCUGA